AUGCUGGACUUAGGUGUUAUUGAGGAGAGCCACAGCCCCUGGUCCAGUGCAAUCGUGCUAAUUCCCAAGCCUGGUGGAUUCUGGAGAUUCUGCAAUGACUUCAGGCAACUCAAUCAGGUCUCCAAAUUUGAUGCAUGUUCAUUGCCCCGAGUGGACGAACUUCACGAGAGGCUGGGUUUUGUAAUGAUGAUCUGUUCUUUGUACAUGUUUUUUUGGAGUUCCAUUAUUCUAAUAUGUGCCAUUGAACAAAACAAAUGCAGAAUACGAGAACACUUUGAGCUAAAUCAGCUAUCAAAAAAUGGGGAUAUUAUAUUAGGGGGUUUAUUUGUGUUAAACUUUAAAACAAUCAGUCCAGAAUUGUCAUUUACUUCAAAGCCUGGUCAAUGGAAAUGUGAAGGGUUUGAAGUGUCCGUCUUCCAAAGGGUUCAAGCAAUGAUCUUUGCAAUAGAAGAAAUAAACAAAGAUCAAACACUCCUUCCUAAUAUAACUCUUGGCUACAGACUGUAUGACAACUGUGUGAAUUUGCCAGUAGCACUCAGAGCUACAACAGCUCUGUUUGCUGGGAUGGACGAUGUCAUUCCUGAUUACAGCUGUAAUGGUCCUCCUCCUGUAAUUGCAAUUGUCGGAGAUCCUUUGUCUUCACAUUCCAUUGCAGCUUUGAGGAUAAUAAGUCUGUUUCGCAUGCCUAUGGUCAGCUAUUUUGCAACAUGUUCCUGCUUGAGUAACAAGCGGGAGUUCCCUUCAUUCUUUCGAACAAUCCCAAGUGAUGCCUUUCAGGUUAAAGCUAUGAUUCAGAUUAUUAAGCAUUAUGGAUGGGUAUGGAUAGGUGCAAUAGCAAGUGAUGAUGACUAUGGACAGAAUGCAAUAAAAGUUUUUAUGGAGGAAGUUAGUACAUUUGGUUGUAUCGCUUUCACAGAAACAGUCCCCACAGUCUACAAAAGAGAGAAAAUUAUUCAGAUCGUCAACACCGUGAAGCAAUCUACUGCUAAAGUUAUAGUUGUGUUUUCAUCAGAAGUUGAAUUUAAUAUUUUGGCUAAAGAAAUUGUUAAGCAGAACAUCACUGGCAGACAGUGGAUUGCAAGUGAAGCAUGGAGCACAUCUACUGCAAUGGCCAUCGCAGAAAACUUUAAUUCAUUUGGAGGAACAAUUGGAGUUGCAAUACGCAGAGGUAGUAUUCCUGGUCUGGAGGAUUUUUUACUUCAGGUUCCUCCUGAGUUUAAUCCCGAUAAAAAUCUUAUCAGUGAGUUUUGGGAAGCAUUGUUUGAAUGCAAAUUCUCACAGGAAAAAAGUGAACUAAAUUCAUCAUCAGAAUUUUACAGCAGAACAUGUACAGGAUUUGAGAAUAUCCAUGCCAUUAAAACGGCUUAUAGCGACGUAUCAAAUUUAAGGUCCUCCUAUAAUGUUUACAAGGCUGUAUAUGCCAUAGCUCAUGCCCUGCAUAAUCUGAUGUCUUGUGAAAAUGGAAAUGGACCUUUUGAAAAUAAAUCAUGUGCUGACAUCAAGUAUGUUCAGCCUUGGCAGGUGCUGCAUUAUCUUAAGGAAGUCAAUUUCACAAGCCAUUUAGGAGAAAGAGUUGCCUUUGAUGAAAAUGGAGAUGCCAUUGCAGUUUAUGAUAUUGUGAAUUGGCAACCUUCUAAGGAUGGUGGUGUUCUGAUUAAAACUAUUGGUCUUUUUGAUGAAAUGGCUACAGAGGGCCAACAAGUCUUACUAGCUGAAGAAGACAUUUUUUGGAAUUUCGAAUCUAGAGAACCUCCUGAGUCAGUCUGCAGUAAAAGCUGUCAACCUGGCACAAGGAAAGCCAGCAGGAAAGGAGAGCCUGUCUGUUGUUUCGACUGUGUCCCUUGUGCCGAUGGAGAGAUUAGCAGUAGAAUUGAUUCCAUUGAAUGCCUCAAAUGUCAAAAUGAUUUUUGGUCAAAUCAUGUAAGAAACAAGUGUGUGUUGAAAGAAGUGGAAUUUCUUUCAUAUGAAGAUGCAAUGGGAAUCACAUUGACCACAAUGGCUUCAUUUGGAGCUUGUCUUUCAGUCACUGUGCUGGCAGUGUUCAUUCAUUACAGGAGCACUCCAGUUGUAAAAGCUAAUAAUUCUGAGCUCAGCUUCCUGUUACUGAUUUCACUGACUCUCUGCUUCCUUUGCUCAUUGAGUUUCAUUGGACAGCCUUCUACCACAACCUGCAUGCUGAGGCAUGUGAUGUUCGGCAUCAGCUUUGUUUUGUGUAUUUCUUGUAUCCUAGUCAAAACUAUUGUGGUGAUAAUGGCAUUCAGAGCAACACUGCCAGGAAACAACAUGAUGAAAUGGUUUGGUGUUGCCCAGCAAAGAGGAACUGUUUUCUGUUUUACUUUUGUUCAGUCCUUAAUAUGUAUUAUAUGGUUAAGCACAGCUCCUCCUGUUCCAGCUAAAAACACAAAAUAUCAAAAUGCAAAAAUUAUAUUGGAGUGUGAUGUAGGAUCCCUUAUUGGAUUUAGCUCCUUACUCGGGUAUAUUGGAUUGCUGGCAUGCAUUUGUUUCCUCUUAGCUUUCUUUUCAAGAAAUCUGCCAGACACAUUCAAUGAAGCCAAAUUCAUCACUUUCAGCAUGUUGGUUUUCUGUGCUGUCUGGAUAACUUUCAUUCCUGCUUAUAUUAGCUCCCCUGGUAAACACACAGUUGCUGUGGAAGUUUUUGCAAUACUGGCAUCAAGCUUUGGCAUUCUUUUUGCAAUAUUUGCACCAAAGUGCUACAUCAUUAUACUUAAACCUGAGAGGAAUAUAAAAAGACCACUAGUGGUCAGGUAA